AUGCAUUCGCUUCCGGAGGAGAGGUUGCCUGGUCGCCUACGCCCAAGUUCCCUUCAAGCCGCAGAGCUGGCGGCCCAGGGGGAAUCGCAAAGUCAGGAAAAUCUCUCAAGCCCCUCUCCGUCAACUUCAGAAGUUUAUAAGAUAAGCUUUAUAUUUCCAAAUGGAGACAAGUAUGAUGGUGAGUGUACAAGAACAUCUUCUGGAGUCUAUGAGAGAAAUGGAAUAGGGAUUCAUACCACUCCUAAUGGGAUUAUCUACACAGGGAGCUGGAAAGAUGACAAGAUGAAUGGUUUUGGGAAACUUGAGCAUUUUUCAGGAGCAGUAUAUGAAGGACAAUUUAAGGACAAUAUGUUUCAUGGACUGGGAACUUACGUAUUCCCAACUGGGGCAAAGUACACUGGAAAUUUCAAUGAAAAUAGAGUGGAAGGUGAAGGGGAAUAUACGGAUAUCCAAGGACUGGAAUGGAGUGGUAACUUUCAUUUCACAGCCGCUCCAGGCCUGAGGCUGAAACUCCACCUGUAGAUAUUCUGCGUGAAAGUUUAAGUGUGGUAAUUGCAACUUCUAGUCAUAAGGAAAGGAAUUAAAUCUGUGAUCUGUAAUAACUUCAUAUACCAUCUCUAUGAGUUUGCCAAUAAAACCAUAACUAAUUCA